AUGGGCCACCAGACGCGCCGCAUUUCUUCCUCAACUGGGCGAAGACUUAUGGUAUCGGAUAAUUUCUACACUAGGCACCUUUUGGCAAGAGCUUUGCUCAAGUUUACCGACGGCGAAGCGAGACUUCUUGGUACCGUUCGAUUGAAUCUCGUUGACAAAUGGAAUAGGAAAGAACUAACAGCCGCUGUAGCUCGCGUCAGCGAAAUAGAGCGGAGCUCAUGGGAGCUUGUUGCUGCUGUCGACGUUGAACCAGGGCUGGCAGCAAAUAUUCAGCGGCACAACCAACGACAAAGGAGGAUCCCAAAAGCAAAACGCACAGUGUACACUCCGACUGUCACAAUAUCUCCAUUUGCUGGUUAUAUCGUCUUCAAGGACAAGCAAGCAGUUAUCUUUUACACUAACGACUUGAAGUGCACCCCGCCCACAAGUGUCCUGAACUGCAAUGACCCCAGAGCCAUCGCCUGUGUGCAUGGUCUCUAUCCUAUUCGACGAUGGACUGGUAGCGAGAUCAUGCACAGAACAACAUUUAUGGUUCCGACCCUUGUGGCCGCCUAUAACCUAGCGAUGAAUGCAGUUGAUCGCGUCGAUCAACUUCGAAGCACAAACCCGACGAGAAGAAAGGAAAUGCGCUUGUCAAUGAGUAUGCUAACAUGGGCACUCGAACUCUGUGCGCUGAAUGCAUUUGCACUUCUACGGAAGGUGCAUCCUACUGGUGCAGCAUCUGUAUCUGUACGUGAAUUUAAACGCCGUCUUGCGGAAGCGCUGACAGCACCUGCUCUCCAGCAAAGACAACAUGGUGAGGGCGUCUCCAAAAGAAAGAGAGUGCAGUCUCUCGUUAGUGUCGUCGGCAACAUUGGUAGUCGUCAUAUUUUAACACCGAACUCGACCACGAAGUCGAGUGGUCAGUUGAAGUGUCUAUUGUGCAGUAUGCAAGGGCUGCAGCGACGAUCUCGAUGGGGCUGUGCGUCAUGCGAACGUGGGUUCCACGUUGAAUGCUUUGCUGCAUUCCACUUUCGUGACGUCUUUUUGGCCGCGGCGACGCCCAGUGUUCGAGAAGCACUGGACCAUGUUUGUGCUGCCGCCGCUGGAAACCAGCCAUUUUGCGUCCGAACAAAGCACAACAACUCUAUCACUCCGGUAUCGAAUAUCAUUUUGCCUCAGUAAUCGCAUUUUUAAACGAUCUCGCGAGUAGAUCGUGGUGGAUCGUUAGCUGCGGGACAUCUUGUAACUACUGCAAAUGAAAUUGCCCUU